UGCUCGACGCCGUCCUUUUCCGUCAGGCGGCGAGUGGGCAGCUCUGAGACGCCGAAGGACCCCUUUCCUCUGGCGGCAGCGCGGGAGCUGCUUCUCCUUUGCCGCCAUGUCCGUCAGCCAGAUGUUCAUCACAUUGCAGGGCGUCCUCACCGCAGACCAGGACAUCCGCGAGGAGAUCAGGAAAGUUGUUCAAACCAUGGAGCAAACUGCCCGUGAAAUUCUAACAGUAGUGCAAGGAGUCCAUCAGGGCUCUGGAUUCCAGGAUAUACCAAAGAAAUGUCAGAAGGCUCGAGAACAUUUUGGCACGGUCAGAACACAGCUGGCUUCUCUGAAAAUAAAGUUCCCUGCAGAGCAAUAUUACAGAUUUCAUGAGCAUUGGAGGUUUGUGCUACAGCGUCUGGUAUUCUUAGCAGCAUUUGUAGUCUACUUGGAGACAGAAACCUUAGUAACUCGGGAAGCUGUUGCAGAAAUACUUGGAAUUGAAGCUGACAGAGAGAAAGGUUUUCAUUUGGACAUUGAGGAUUACCUCUCUGGAGUGCUGACUCUUGCUAGUGAGUUGUCUAGGCUGGCAGUCAACAGUGUCACAGCUGGAGACUAUUCUCGUCCGCUCCGUAUCUCUGCGUUCAUCAAUGAAUUAGAUUCUGGAUUUCGCCUUCUGAAUUUGAAGAAUGACUCCCUAAGGAAGCGCUACGAUGGACUCAAGUACGAUGUUAAAAAGAUUGAGGAGGUGGUUUAUGACUUGUCGAUCAGAGGGCUGAACAAAGAGACUGCUAGUGAGGAGAAAUAGAAAAGGAGCUUGUGGGACUUAAUGGGUCAAUAUGUCAGAUUUGCGGCCAACAAAGAAGGUUGAACUGAGGGCCCUUGUACUAGUUUAGAGAAAUCACAUGCUGCAAACCACUGUGUUCCCAACUGAAUGUUUAGUAUGCCUGACCAAAAGCACUCUAAACCAUUCUGUGAAUGCCUACCUGGUGGGCUCUGCAUACCCACAUGGUGUGAGCAGUCCCUUUGCUGUUCAGUGGACCUAUGGUGCCAGUUAUUUUGUGACAGGUUUUCUUUUCUUUUCUGGCCCUGCUGAGCCUAAUCUUUCAGAAUCUCCAUGUCAAUUUAGUAUUUGUGUUUAAUAUACUAUAAUCACAUCAAAAUGUCUCACUUGGCUGCCGCCACUAUGUAAAUAUCAAUUAAAACCUGGUCCUAAAUG